AUGAGGAAUGAAGAUGGCUGUAACAAUGGAAACGAAACAUUAAGUGAGCACAACGACGGAGUUUUUGUAGAUUUCGUCGAUGAUGACGUUGCAUCUUUGAGCAAUGAAGUUGAAGGUAUUGAUUUGCUUUCAUUGUUAUAUGUUAAUGAACCUAAAAACUGCCAACGGACAACACAUGGUUCGCUAGAGGUGACAACGAAGAGCACAGUUCCUCGAUUGGUGUCUCCUUGUAAAUUAGAAGCUCAUGUAGCAGAAGUAUAUACACGAACGAUAUUUUUUGAACUUCAGAAAGAGUUAAAAAAGGCUGUUUGGCUUUGUGGAUGGGAUGGAUUCACUGACGUUGGUGAAAUCCGAGUGUACACAAUAACACACAAGAACAAAGCUUCUAGGAUCACCACAAAGUACACGGUUGUCAAGAACAAGAUUGAAAACUCGUAUGAUUGCUCAUGUAACUGUUUUGUUCGUAACGGGAUUUUAUGUCAUCAUGCUCUCAAGGUAAUGUUAAAUGACGAGGUUGAUAGAAUUCCAGAUAAGUAUAUACUUCGCUGCUGGAGGCGCGAUCUAGUCCCAGUGGAGUGGUUACCAGCACGUUUCAGAUAUGGGGAAGUUGACGCUGAUAAGGAGAGGUUGAUGAGUGUUGCUUAUUCGUAUUUUGAACGUAUUHUAGGUCGAGURCRAAAUGAGAAACAUAUUUUGUCAAAAUUUGUUAACCAACUUCAAGAAUGGGAUACAAAGAUUGAUAGUGAACUUUCUAUACAGUCACACGCUCAAGAGACAACAACAUCUAUUAAAGAGUUUCUUGGARUAUCUCAACCAGAAAAUAUCGAUGUUCUACCUCCAACCGGCAUACGGAAUAAAGGUUGUGGGACUGGUAAGAGACUUAUUAGCGCUGUUGAGAAAGCAAUUACGAAUGGCAAAAAGCAGAAGAGAAAGUGUCGGUUAUGUCGACAAAUGGCUACACAUGAUUCGAGGAAUUGUCCAAAACAUGAUUCCACUUAA